AAAAAGGGACUUAAAAAGCGUUAAUGAUUUGUAAAAUGGCAGUUUGCAUGUUCUGGCUUCUCACCUACGUGGGACAGGGGCUGGAUUUGGCGGUAGGCAAUCGACCCGUGAUUAUACAAGUACAAGGCACACAGGGACUUGACUAUCGUCACGGAAGCAGUAGCAUUAGAAAGAAGAGCGAACUGAGCUCGGUAGGUAACAACCUGUUGCAUCUAAAAAUAUAUCCUUCCGAUGGUCCCUACCGGGACGACCUGUCGAACUGGCUGGUCUUCAACGACGAGCCGCGUAUAUCCUCGUGGUCGCCCGCGGGUAUGCUGAUCGACGACAUUGUGAAAGAGCCGCGGGAGCUCCAGAACGUGUUCUUUGCCCUGUCACCCGCCGUGCUGAACGUUCUCUAUUCCGAGUACGUAACGUCGCAGCCACACGCCGCAACGCAACCCCACGUCGCGGAGCCCUACGUUCACGACGAUGGCAAUCAUCUGCUCGGCGGCCGGCAGGCCCAUCAGCGUCUGAAGAAGCGGCGCAUCGGAUGCCGGCAUCCGUUGAGAGGUCCGCUCAGUCUACCGAUACUGGUAUGCGACGAGGCUGGCAAGAAGGCUACCACCCUUCAGGAAUCUAGACAAUCGAAUCACGACGAUCUCUACGCGGAGCAGAGAUUUAACACUGCGACGAGUACGAAGACUGAUCUCGCGCGCGCCGAGGGCGGCACCCCGCUUAACUUACCUACGAAUGGCGGCUUCGUACCUAAGGUCUUCGCCUAUGAGACUAGCGGAAACAAACUACCCGGAAGUAAACGGAACCAGAUAACGGUCGGGCGGCGUUCGAUCGACGCGCAAGGAGAAUCCCCGGGACACCAGGCUCAAGCGUCCUCGGCGUCCUCGACGUCGUCCACUGGCGCGAGCAUCGCUUCACAGCUUAUGCUGAGAUCAAUCCGGGGAAGCAUACAAUACGACGUGCCGCAGAUCGAAUGUCCAGUCUCCGAAGAUGGAAUGGAAAGAUUUGCUUGCCCAACUGCGGAUAGAAUGGGUAGAUAUCAUUGCAUCGACGAUCAUGUCUUGUGCGACGGCUUUAUAGACUGUCCUACAGGCGAAGAUGAGGAUAGGCAAGCCUGCAUGUUUUACAAAACCACGAAAGCGCAUCUGGAUGUAUUAGCGGAUGCCAUACUACGAUGGGCGAGAGGACGCUAAUUCCUUUCUUUGUUGACGAUGAAUCUCCAAGCUGUACAUAAAACCACAAGUCUGAUACGUCUACUUCUUUAUAUAUUCAUCUCGAUAUCUUUUUCUCCUACAUUAAUCUAUUUUCCGGAAACUGUUUUCUCUCUAUGUUUGGCGCAUAGAGACGUUCAUAUUGAAAUCAAACUCAGGGGAACGCGUUAAGAACCGUCUCUCUCUCUUUCUCUCUCUCUGUCUGUCUCUCUCAUUCUCUCCUUUCUCUCUAUUUCUCGCU